AUGGCAUUUGAUAUGAGCAGCAUGGGUGGUCUUUUUGCACCAAAUCAAACACAACAACCCGGAGGAGUUCAACCAAAUCUCUGGCCAUUUCAACAACAUAUUCCACCACCGCCAUCAGCAACAACUGCCGGUGGAUUGAUGAAUUUCGAUGAUUUUCCAGCACUUCUGAAUCUCAAUCAAUUUGCUGCUCAACAACAACAACAGCAAACAGCUCCACCACCAUCACAAUUUGCAGCCGCUGCAUUUCCAGCUGCGUUUGCUGCGGCUGCCGCUGCUGGAAAUCAGCAACAACAACAAUUGCCGCAACCUGUUCAAUUACCACCACAAAACAUUGUGAGCCAAGGUGUGGAUAAUGGUGGAGCGAAAGCGGAUACAAUUCAAGGAAUUGGAGUUUUGACUUGGUUGAGUGCGAAAGCUGGAUUGAUUACCUGCAAAGAUCAAAUGGUUAUCUCAUUCCAGUUGAAAGAUUUUUGUGAUCAGGUGAGAAUUUUGAAAAAAAUAUUCAAAUUUGCAAGUCAUACUCGAUUUUCUGACAAUAGGUCGCGAACGUACUGAUAAAUUCUUCUCUAAUAUGGUCAGUUGAAAGAACGUUCAGAAAAAUAACUUACAGUACUCGAAAAGUUUGAUUUUUUUCAAAUAUUGUAGAACAUUCAAAUAAACAUAAAAAUAAUAUUAUUGUUUUUUUCUCUGUAACAUAAAAUUUUAUAUUCAAAUGUUUUCCAGAUGCUCAACGAUUUAACAUCGGUUCUCCGUGUUGGUUUCACAUUGUCUUUCCACGCUGCUCUCAAUGAAACAAGCGAAUACACCGCCACAAUUGUUCAACCAAUUUAUGGCCCUGAAGCCGAACUUGUUUUCCGCAAUUCAAAUGAAGUCGAUCUCGAAUCAGCCAAUCCAACACCGGCCAACUCAAAAGAUGCUUAUAGUCCAUCAAUCGAAGCUCGUGCAAUUCCAGCAUUAUUGGCGAUUUUCCAACGUCAUGGUCUUCAACAAAUUCAAUUGAGUAGCCUUCAUUCACAAAUGUCGAAUUGUGGCGAUGAGGAAUUAUUCCGUUAUGUUGGAACAUCUUCAUUGAAAAGACGACAAUUUGUUGAACGAAGAACUCAUAUUUUUAGACUUCAAAAUGACGAUUCAAUUAUUCUUCAAUUUCCAUCGGUUUAUGUUGCAGUUUACAAGCUGGCCUUGUUUUUGCUUCGACACGGUGGAGCAACUUCGAUUCAAUCACUUUUUGAUUAUUAUAUUGGAUCAGAUAUUGCUCAAGAAAUUCGCGAUCAUAAUGGAGAUGGACGUCAAGAUUUUUUGAAUUUGUUGAACUCGCAUAAUUGGGUUUUCGCAUUGUUUCCAAACAGAACCUAUGUUUCUGUUCGAAGAAAUUUGCCAAAUUAUGAUUAUCCAGCUUUCAUCAAACAGGUUUGUUAGAAUAACUUAAAUAAGUGUGUUAAAUUCUCUGAAAUUUAAUAUUUUCAGCAUUUCCCUGAAUUCGAAUCACGUAGAACUAUCCACAAACAAAUGUCAUCAUAUGGUGCACCACAAAAUGGCGCAGGUCCACGUGGAAUUCAACGAACAAUGUCUGUUCAAAUGUCAGCAUCAAAUGGUGCAAAUUCAGCUGUUGCGGCAGCAGCUCGUCAGAGUCUUCUUCAAAUGCAACAACAGCAACAACAGGUGUCAAACGCAUCUCGUCCAAUCAAUUUAUGGGAUUCACAAUCGGCUACUUCAGUCAAUCCAGUUUCAACUGCUUCCGAUCAAUGGAGCCCAUUAUUUUCGCCAACAACUUGGUCGAAUACUCGUCCACCACCACCUCCAAUGAAUUCAGCUACCAGCAAUGUUAAUGAGACCUUGUUGUCGGGAGCGAAUUUUAGCGCCUUGUUGAGUUUGGCACAGAGCCAAAGAGUGAGUUUUUUUUUUAAAUUUGAAUUCGAAAUUUAGUCCAAUAAGUUGAAAAUCCAGAAUUCUUUACAAACUACCUAUUUUUUCAGCCAGUAAUGUCGCGCGGAGUUCAGUCAGAAUUUGGUGGAAGCGGCGCAAUUGGAAUCGGCCGAAAUGGUUGCACAUGUUCGUGUACUUGUGGACGUGGCGGAAUUUCAAAUGUAAAUAAUGUUGGAGUUAUCGGAAAUCGUGGAUCUUCAUCACGCGCUUCCGGCGGUUCUGCUAGUCCACCAAGUAUUGAUAGCAACAGUCCAUUUGAUCGAUUCUCACCAUUGAAUGGUAGGUUUUUUGAAAAGAAAAAAACAUUUGAACAAAGGUGUUUGAAAAACACUGAAAAAUUUAGAAGCAACACAAUUUCUCACGAAAAAAAAUUAGUUUUUAUUGAUUUUCAGCGGAUUUCGAUGAAAAAUUUCAAAAAAGUUAGAAUUUUACACAUUUUUCAAGACAAAAUCCACAUUGCAUAAAAUGUUUUUGGACACCAGGUGUCCCAGGAAACUUUUUUUGGAGUUAUUCCAAAAUAAAAUUUUCCUUGACAGGUUAAAUUUUAUUCAAAAAAUGUCAAAAAAAAAUAUUUUCCAGCUGUUGGUUCAAUUGGUGAUCGUCUUCUCUCGUCUUCCAAUCAAGUUCUAACCGAUCUCACCUCAGUUACAUCUUCUGGUCCAGCAACAUCGAGUUCAACCAACUCUACUGGCCAACAACAACAACAACCUCGUUAUUACGAUCCGUUCGGCACCACCGACAUUCUCAAUGGAGCACAUUUGAGCUCAUUGAGAAUUGGAAAUUAA